AUGUGGACAGAUCAUGAGGAUUUCCAAGGCCUGCUCAAGAAAGCUUGGGGGAUAAAAAUAAAGGGAUCCAAUCAAUUGGAGUUUGGAGCAAAGUGUAGGGCUUUAAUGGGUCACCUCAAAGUGUGGAACAUAACAACUUUUGGAAAUGUGAGAAAGGGAAUUCAGGAAGCAAAAGAUCUUCUCUGUGAGGAGGAUAGCAAAUCAGGGAUGGAAUUUAGUCAAACUAAGGAUGUGGAGAGAGAGUGUGUGAUGAUUUCCCAAGCAAAAUUGCGAGAUUCUUCUCCUCAAUAUCUAGACCUUAGAAAUCAGCGUACCACUUUUUGGGAGGCACCAGAAGCAGGAAGACUUAAGCUGAAUGUAAAUGGGAGCUUUUUGUGUUCUGGGAAUUCAGGUUUUGGUGCAGUGCUAAGGGAUGCUGAUGGGAUAGUGAUAGCGGCAUCUUUUGGAAAAUCAUCAGCUUCAUCUUCCAUCCAAGACGAAGCGAUGGCGAUUCUCAACAGUUUAGAAGUUUUGAGUAUGUUCAAGGAAGAAGACAUAUUAGUGGAAUCUGAUUGCCUAACUCUGGUGCAGGCUUUGAAGACAGGACACUUUGAUCUGGCUUUGGAUGCAAACUUUCUGUGCAUGGAUAUCAAAUUACUUAUUGAAGACUUAUCUAUCUCUUUUAAGCAUGUAAAUAGAUCUUGUAACAUUGUUGCACAUAUACUAGCUAGAAAAGGUGUAAAAGAGUCUGGGUUGUUUGUCCAUGAUCCCCCUGGGUGGGUCCAAGAUAUGGCCGAGCAAGACUUAAUUAGACCUUAA